UUUUGUCUUCUUUUUUACUGCAAUUGACUUAUCGCUUCCAUUAGUAAUUCUGCGUGCAUAGUGGAAGGAGUUGUUGCAAUCAGCUCAUGAUCUAAUCAAUCCACUUGCGGAAACGACAGAUAAUUUAAGACAUCUUUAUACGUCAGCGGAAGCAAUAUAAUCUAAAACUUGUAUUUUUCAAUAUAAAGGACGUAACGAGCAAAUUACGCAAUUUAGAGGUUUAGAAGAUACAGACACCGAAUCAUCUCGAGGGAGGUUGUAAUCGACAAAAUGUCUUGUUCAUCACAGUGCCCAGAAUAUUCUUUAGAAAGUUAUGGUUCAUCUGAUAUGUCUCAACAGUCGCAAGAACAAUUAGAAAAUCUUGAUAAUCAGACACAAUUUGAAGUUUCCAUUACACCUUCCACUUCUAGUAUGAGGACCAUAAAAAAUAAACGUGCCAAGAUGUGUGAAAACUUGGUACAACAACCUGAUACUGAUUAUUCUCCAUCAUCUGGCGAAGACAAAGGCAGUGGUGAAACAACACAUCAGUUGUUCAGUUUGGAAGAUGAAGAUAGUCUUUACUAUGUUAUUAGAAAUAAUCCUUCUUCCCUUAUUACUGUUGUUAAUAACUGGAUAGAAAAGUACAAGAACAACAGAAGAAAUGCGCUACUUGUGUUAAUGCAGUUUUUUAUCAGUGCAAGUGGUUGUAAAGGUUGCAUUACUUCUGAAAUGCAACUUACUAUGGAACAUGUAGCGAUUAUUCGUAAAAUGACCGAAGAAUUCGACGAGGAAAGUGAUGAAUAUCCAUUGAUAAUGAUGGGAUCACAAUGGAAAAAGUUUCGUGAUAAUUUUUGCCAGUUUGUGCAAAUUCUGGUUCUUCAGUGUCAAUAUUCUAUCAUUUAUGAUCAAUACAUAAUAGAUAACAUUAUUUCUUUGUUAAUUGGACUCUCAGAUUCACAAGUUAGAGCAUUUAGGCAUACCGCAACACUUGCAGCUAUGAAGUUAAUGACAGCCUUGGUAGACGUUGCUUUGACUGUCUCUAUAAAUACAGAUAACACGCAACGACAGUACGAAGCUGAGAGACAAAAAGCCCGAGAAAAUAGGGCAGCAAGCAGAUUGGAGUCUUUAAUGACGAGACGAAAAGAGUUAGAAGGAAAUAUGGAGGAAAUUAAGAACAUAUUUACAUAUAUAUUUAAAUCGGUCUUCGUUCAUAGAUAUAGGGAUAUUGUACCAGAUAUACGCGUAAUUUGUAUGACAGAAAUCGGAAUCUGGAUGAAGAAAUUCCACCAGAAUUUCUUAGACGAUUCCUACUUGAAAUAUAUAGGUUGGAUGUUGUAUGACAAGGUUGGAGAAGUCAGGCUUAAGUGUCUGCAGGCAUUGCAACCAUUGUACGCUUUGGAAGAGUUCAAAACAAAGCUUGAGCUCUUUACCAGUAAAUUUAAGGACAGAAUUAUCUCAAUGACGUUGGACAAGGACUGUAACGUUGCGGUGCAGGCUAUAAAGCUAGUUAUCUUGAUGCUUAAACAUCAUAGAGAGAUUCUUACCGAUAAAGAUAAUGAACACGUAUACGAGCUUGUUUAUUCGGUUAAUCGUGCAGUCGCGCGAGCGGCUGGUGAAUUCGUGAACGAAUGCUUAUUCCGUCCAGACAACAAUGACAUAGCGGAUGUGAAGACUAGACGUGGUAAAAAGCGAUUGCCGAAUACGCCCCUUAUACGCGAUCUAAUUUUGUUUUUCAUCGAGUCCGAAUUACACGAGCACGGAGCGUAUUUAGUUGACUCCCUGAUCGAGACUAAUGAAAUGAUGAAAGACUGGGAAUGUAUGACGGAUCUUUUACUGGAAGAGAUUGGUCCUGAGGAGGAAGCAUUAGACAAUCAGAAGGAAGUAUCCUUAAUCGAAUUGAUGGUUUGUUGUAUUAAACAAGCCGCUACAGGCGAGAUACCAGUCGGCCGUAGACCCAUUCGAAAGGCCCUGUCAAUAAAGAAAAUUAAGAAAGUUGACAACGAUAAGCAAAAAUUGACACAACAUUUUAUUCAAACGUUGCCGUUCCUGCUGGAUAAGUACAGGGCAGAUCCUGAAAAAUUGACCAAUUUACUCGAGAUCCCGCAAUACUUUGACCUGGAUAUUUACACGAAAUCUAGGCAGGAGAUAAAUCUAGAUUCUUUAUUGGGUAAAAUUCAUACGAUUGUGGAAAAGAUGUACGACACUGAAGUCUUAGACAUGGCAGCUAAGACUUUAGAACACAUGUGUGUGGAAGACCAUGCUACCUUUACUAGAUGCGAUGUCGCUCGAUUUACACUGAUCGAUUCUAUUGUAAAUAAAUAUAAAGAAGCAAUUGAUGAAUACAGGAAUUUGAUAGAGAGAAAUGAGGUACCAGACGAAGAUGAGACUUUCAAUGUUAUUCAGUCGCUUAAGAAAGUCUCCAUAUUUUAUUCUUAUAACAAUAUGAAUCAAUGGAAUAUAUGGGACUCUCUGUACAAAAACAUAGAAGAUGCGAAAAAUCCUUCAAAUUGUAGAUGCUUACCGUUUGAUGCAACUAAAUAUUGCAUAAGUGCUUGUUACUUCGCUAUUUUGUGGGGACAAAAUCAUCUGAUGAAAGUCGUAGAUCCUGACAAUCGUGACGAAGAUGAAUAUCGACAGCUGAAGAAACGGUUGCAUUCGUUUAUGGGCUUAAUGCGCCAUUUUAUUAGUAGCGACUGUAGCGGCGCGCAGUCAUCGCCGAUAUUGAGAGAAGAAGCAUAUAAUACGAUAUGUGAUCUAUUGGUGAUAUUCUGCAAUCAACUGACUGCACAUACCAAUCAUUUGAUGCAUCAGUUGGUGUACAAACCUGACCAAGCAAUGCAGAAUAUGCUCAGCAGAUUUAUACAAAAGUAUGUCUUCCUUGAAGAGGAGAACUAUGAACGCGACAAGUAUUCCAAAAUCGAGGAGUUGCACAAGCGAAGAAAUUUUUUAGCAGGUUACUGCAAACUAAUCGUUUACAAUAUGAUUCCCAUAAAAGCCGCGGCUAAUGUAUUCAAGCAUUAUAUGAAGUACUACAAUGAUUACGGCGACAUUAUUAAAACCAUGUUGAAGAAGUUAAGAGAUAUCAACAAAAUAGAUUGUGCGCUAACGAUGCAACAGAGUUUAAUCAUUCUGCACAAUGAAAUUAUGAUUGAAAAAGGCAAAAUAAACCGAAACAGCGAAGAAUUCAUUGCAAUCAGAAAACUCGCAAAACAAUUCAUUCUAUUCUUCGGUUUAAAUCCCGUGGGAAAUCGCGAAACGAUCACAGCUCUGCACCGUUCGGGAAUAUUAUUUGCUAUUACUCCACCAGACAAUAUCAAACAAAAUCUCACAGGCCUACCACCGAAUCUACCGUUCCUUGAGAUAUUGUCCGAAUUCACGAAUAAACUUCUCGUACAGGAUAAACGUGUUGUUCUCAACUUUCUGGACAAACAGUUGCAAGCUAGAAUGCCAUCGUCGCAAGAUGAAAACUGGCAACCUUUGUUUCUAUACAGAAACAGUUUGCUGCAUAACAAGACUAAUCAAAUUUCAGUGACACGUAAACAAGCUUACAUAAAACACAAAGAAGAUCAGUUAACCGAGAAAGAGAAAGCAGAUAAACCUAAUGAGGAUUCUAAUCAUGAGUCUUCAAGCGAACAUAAAAAGAAACAUGGUCAGAAGAACCAAUUACCGGUUAAUAAAGGAGUAAUAACGCGUGGGUCCAAAACGAAUACUUCGUAUGAAGAUAAUGAAUCUGCUCAAAUGCAAAUGUCACUUUCAACGACUAUAGAAAAUACGUCGACGAGUCAAUUGCAAAAUAUCGACAGUAAAUUUAAAACACUGCAAAUACAGGACCACAAAGAAGUCAAGAGCAUGUGGAGUACAAAGAAUCGUGAAAACCUUUAGAAACUCAGGCAAAUAUGUUGAAGGACAAUGAGAAAUCUGAUUCUGAAUAAGAAGAUUUAUAAUCUCAAAAAAUUUUAAUUAUCAAAAAAAUUUAGACAAUUGUGAUACGUGUUCAAAGCAGCUAUGCUGUUUGAAAAUUAAGGAAAAAUAUUUUUAAGUUAUAUAUAACGUAUCAAAAUACUUUUGCGAGUAUUAACAAAUUAUAAUAAUUUUAUAGUACAAAAGUAGGUACGUAAAUAAGAUUCUUGCAGUUUUUCCAUGAAAUUAAAUUCAUUUUAUUAUGUUUAUUUUAUGUUCAU